GUGGUUUCCUGGACCCGCCCCUUGCCUCUUCGGCUGAGCCUCACCCAUUGCGGGUGUGGCGACGGUUCUUUUGAGGCAGCUGUGAGGCGGAGCAGACUGGAUUUCAUGAGACCCCUGUUUCAUUUAUUUCACACUUUCAGGAAAACGUAGAUUUGGGCUUUAGAGUUAGAUGGGAUAGAGCAGAAUCUAGGGCAUUAUUUGAGGGAUGGUGCUUCCAAGUUUGUGUCACUUCCGUGUGCUGAGGAAGGGACCGGUCUUGCUGGAAAAAGUGAGACUGCGUGGUGUUUGGUAGCAAGAAAUACCAGGCGGUAUCCUGGCCGUUUCAGAAACCGCAGGGGAAAGAAAGAGCCUGGCUUUGCAGCCGGGAGGGCAGGCACUGGAUGGACGUUCUUGUAAUGUUUUCUCGCUCUGGGAGAGUCCGUUUUUGUUUGUUUGUUUGUUUGAACUGUGGUUUCCAGUACUUAUCUACAGGAAUCGCCAUGACCCCAGCUCUGAGGGAGGCAACAGCAAAGGGUAUCGGCUUUUCAUCUUUGCCAAGUACCAUGGAGUCUGACAAGAUGCUCUACAUGGAAAGUCCAAGAACUGUAGAUGAAAAGCUAAAGGGAGACACCUUUUCUCAGAUGCUUGGAUUUCCAACUCCCGAAUCUACUCUUAAUACUAAUUUUGUGAAUUUAAAACAUUUUGGCUCCCCUCAGUCUUCAAAACAUUACCAGACUGUUUUUUUAAUGAGAUCUAAUUCUACAUUAAAUAAAUACAAUGAGAAUUAUAAACAAAAGAAAUUAGGGGAGCCCAGUUGCAAUAAGCUGAAAAACAUACUCUAUAAUGGCAGCAACAUUCAGCUCAGUAAAAUCUGUCUUUCUCAUUCUGAAGAGUUCAUCAAAAAGGAACCUUUAUCAGAUACCAUGAGCCAGUGCAUGAAAGAUGUACAAAUUAUUUUGGAUUCAAAUAUAACCAAAGACACUAAUGUAGAUAAAGUACAACUACAAAACUGUAAAUGGUAUCAAGAGAAUGCACUUUUGGAUAAAGUUACUGAUGCUGAGAUUAAAAAGGGUUUAUUGCACUGUGCUCAAAAGAAAAUUGUAGCUGGCCACUCAAAUGUGUCUAUUAGUUCUUCAGCUGCUGAAAAAGAGGAGGAAGUAAAUGCUCGUUUACUUCAUUGUGUAAGCAAACAGAAAAUUUUACUUAGCCAGGCUAGAAGAACUCAGAAACAUUUGCAGAUGCUCCUGGCAAAGCAUGUUGUUAAGCACUAUGGUCAGCAGAUGAAAUUGUCUAUGAAACACCAACUUCCCAAAAUGAAGACGUUUCAUGAACCUACCACAAUUUUGGGUAACAGUUUACCUAAAUGCACUGAAAUUAAGCCAGAAGUUAACACAUUGACUGCAGAGAAUAAAUUGUGGGAUGAUGCAAAAAAUGGCUUUGCACGGUGUACAGCUGCGGAAAUCCAAAGAUUUGCAUUGUCUGCUACAGGGCUGUUGUCUCAUGUUGAAGAGGGUUUGGAUUCCGAUGCAACUGAUAGCAGCUCUGAUGACGAUUUGGAUGAAUAUACCCUUAGAAAAAAUAUGGCAGUUAACUGUAGUACUGAAUGGAAGUGGCUUGUAGACAGAGCACGAGUUGGCAGCCGAUGGACUUGGCUUCAAGCCCAGAUUUCAGAGCUAGAAUGCAAAAUCCAACAACUAACAGACAUUCACAGGCAAAUUCGUGCCUCCAAGGGGAUAGUGGUCCUAGAAGAAUGUCAACUUCCAAAAGACACUUUGAAAAAACAAAUGCAAUCUGCAGACCAAGCAGCUUCACUAAACAUUCUAGGGAAUCCUCAGGUUCCCCAAGAGUGUCAAGAUCCUGUACCGGAACAAGAUUUUGAAAUGUCACCAAGCAGCCCUACUUUACUUCUUCGAAACAUCGAAAAACAGAGUGCACAGUUGACUGAGAUCAUCAACAGUUUGGUUGCCCCUCUCAACUUGUCCCCAACUUCAUCACCCCUCUCUUCCAAAUCCUGUAGCCAUAAAUGUCUGGCUAAUGGCAUUUGCAGGAGUGCAUCAGAGAACUUAGAUGAGCUGUCUUCCUCCAGUAGCUGGUUACUUAACCAGAAGCACAGUAAGAAAAAGAGAAAAGACAGGACAAGACUGAAAUCUUCAUCCUUGACUUUCAUGAGUACAUCAGCCCGAACAAGGCCACUUCAGAGUUUCCACAAACGAAAACUCUACAGAUUGAGCCCUACUUUUUACUGGACUCCACAGACUUUGCCUUCAAAAGAAACAUUUUUAAACACUACCCAAAUGCCUUGCCUGCAAUCAGCUUCAACUUGGAGUAGCUAUGAACGCAAUUCAGAGUCUUACCUAUUAAGAGACCAUGUAUCAGAGUUAGAUUCCUCUUUCCAUUCUGUUCUAUCAUUGCCAUCAGAUGUGCCUCUUCAUUUUCACUUUGAAACACUGUUAAAAAGGACUGAAAUAAAAGGCAAUCUUGCUGAAAAUAAAUUUGUAGAUGAAUAUAUCAUAUCUCCAUCACCUGUACAUAGUACUUCUCUGAAUCAAUGGAGAAAUGGAUAUUCACCUAUAUGUAAGCCCGAAGUAAGGUCAGAAUCUUCUGCCCAACUGUUACAGGGAAGAAAGAAAAGACAUUUGAGUGAAACAGCAUUAGGAGAAAGAAUUAAACUUGAAGAAUCUGAUUUUCAACACACAGAAUCAGGAUCCCAUAGCAAUUUUACAGCUGUUUCUAAUGUCAACGUUUUAUCAAGAAUCCAGAAUUCAUCAUCACGAAAUACUGCACGACGGAGAUUGAGAAGUGAGAGCUCUUAUGACAUAGAUAACAUUGUGAUUCCCAUGUCAUUAGUAGCCCCAGCUAAAUUAGAGAAACUCCAAUAUAAGGAAAUACUUACUCCAAGCUGGAGGAUGGUUGUUCUUCAGCCUUUGGAUGAAUAUAAUUUAGGUGAAGAAGAGAUAGAAGAUCUUUCUGAUGAAGUCUUCUCCCUAAGGCACAAAAAAUAUGAAGAGAGAGAGCAAGCCAGGUGGUCACUAUGGGAGCAAAGCAAGUGGCACAGAAGAAACAGCAGAGCUUACAGUAAAAAUGUUGAAGGACAUGACUUGCUUUUGAAAGAAUACCCUAAUAACUUUAGUAGCAGUCAGCAAUGUGCUGCUGCAAGUCCUCCUGAGCUUCCUACAGAGAACCAGGAUCUGUGUGCAUAUGGCUUACCUUCUUUAAAGCAAAGCCAAGAAACCAAGUCUUUGUGGUGGGAACGACGGGCUUUUCCACUGAAGGGUGAAGACAUGGCAGCCUUAUUAUGUGAAGAUGAAAAAAAGGAUCAGGUUGAAUGGUCAAGCACAGCUUUCCAUGGUGAAAUCUUCGGUACCAGUGUACCAGAGACUGGCCACCAUCCAAAAAAGCAGUCAGAUGGAAUGGAAGAAUACAAAACCUUUGAUCUAGAACUUACUAAUGUUAAAAAAAAUAGGUGACAGGGAACAGGUUAAGAAAACUAUGUAAAUGUAGGAAAGAUGGGAGGAAAUAAAGCCCUGUUCAGGAUCCCCCAUCCCCUCCAGAAUAAGAGCAUGUUCUGCAUGUAUUAAUCUUUUAUGCUGUUUAUGAAACAGGCAAGAUAUGUCUGUUUUUCCUUCUGGAACCACAAGGGUAACCAGCUUUUCAUCUACAGACAAGUGGUAGUCGUUUGUGUUUAUCAUGCAACUUACAAACACCAAGAUAUUAAUUGCUGUAACUUGAUGUCAAAUCACCUUACUGGGUAAUUUUUAAGACUAUGUACCCACACCAUACAUACAUACACAUAUAUACAUACAAACCUGUGCGCCAAGUGACAGCUAUUUUUUUAUAUACAUGGUAAUUCAUUAAAAUUGCCUUAAUAAUAUAUUAGAAUAUACAAAUAUGUGUGUAUAAAAUAAACAUACACACACACAUCCCCCUAUGUAGUUUCUGAAACACUGGCAAUGACCCACUCCCCUUGGAAAUGCAUGUAUGAACUACCCUAUGAAACAUAAGCUGCAGUAUAGAUAAAACACAGGUUUCCACUGAUAAAAAGACAUCUGAACAUCUUGAAUAUAGA